AUGGACGGACGCAAGCUCGUGCUUGUGACAGGUGCCAACACCGGUCUCGGUUUCCAAAUCGUCAAAGCUCUUUGCAGCUCUGAUAAGGAUGAUAUGUCUAUUGCCGCUGCAGCUGAGUAUAUAAAGACAAAAUACGGGAAACUCGAUGCUCUCAUCAAUAACGCAGGUGCCCAACUCGAUCAACAGUGGACUGCUGGCAAGAUGUCAGCUAGAGAAAUGUGGAACAAAACCUAUGAUGUGAACGUGACCGGGACACAUAUCUUGACUUGGACCUUGGCCCCAUUGCUUCUCAAGUCGAGCGAUCCCCGCCUCAUGUUCAUUGCCAGCGGUACAUCCUCCCUUAAUGGAUCUGAGAAUCUCGAGUUGCCCAUCAACAAGCAGCCCAACAAAGGAUGGCCAAAGGCAUUGAACAACUUCAAUUUGCCCGCGUACCGAAGCAGCAAGACCGCAAUGAAUAUGAUGAUGAGGGAGUGGUUCCGGCUUCUUGGCCAGGAUGGCGUCAAAGUAUGGGCUAUUAGCCCCGGAUACCUGGCAACCGGCCUUGGUGUUGGCCAAGAGCAGAACAAAACACAGGGUGCAAUUGAUCCUUCCAUUGGAGCCGCGAUUGUUAGAGAUGUUUUGGAAGGGGUAAGGGAUGAUGAGGUUGGUAAGGUUGUGUCAAAGCAAGGUGUUCAGCCUUGGUAG